AUGGGAGGUCUGUACGAGAAGAAGGUGUACUUCAAUAAGUCCGUUGUGAAGUACUUCUUUUUUACGAGUUUUCUGAACAUACUCUACACCAUUAUCAGUGUGCUUAGUUUGCGGUACAACUACACCUCAAUUCCUGCGAACGGGAAUGACGCUGAGUUCAGGUUCAUUAUAUUCGACACGAUGUCGCAGGUUAUCUACAAGUCUUUCAUUGAUUUCCAGAUUAUCAUCUACUUUGUCCUAAAAGGCACUUUGUCUUUUUUCUACGUGUACAUUGCCAUUCUCGUGGCCCGGAUAAUAAGAUACAGUUUUGUAGAAAAAAUCACAAUUCCAAACAUGGACAUGGUUCUGUACGUGUUCUACAUCCUUUCCAACAUCCUGCGCAUCAUAAUCAGCUUCCAGUGGGUCCUCAGAUCUCGAGCGUAUUUCUACGAGAGAUACACGCAGGUGUGCGACAGCAUGAUAUCUGCCUCCAUAAACUACUACACCAUAUACUACAUGCUCGAGGGGUGCUCUCUUCUUAUCAUCAACCACUGCAUAUUCACAGUGUUUAUGUGGAUAUACUCCAACCAGUACUCCUCUUUCACGCAAAUUGCAAAUUUGUUCUGGACCGGCGUGACUGCGUGCAUUGGCUGGUACUGUCUGUGGAUAGAUAAGCAGUACAUCCAGCAGAAAUGGUUUGUGUGGAUCUUCUAUCUUUUGAAUGUGAUUCGAGUUGCCGUUAUAUACCUCCGAACGGGAGAGAUCAGGCUCCACUUGAACAUAUACUACAGAGACGCAACAGACUCUGAAAAGCUGUACAAGAUAAUCACAGCGACUGAGUACACGCCAGAAACGGUAAGAAACUUGGCCCUGAAUAUUCUGGACAACUUAGAGUACUUCAUCAUUGGGAUAAUAUACAAUGUGAGUUUUUUGUGGUACUGCGUUUUUCUGUACCGCUUGAACGGAAAAAACCCAAGAUUAGACAAUAAGGGGAGAAGCCCUAUAGAAAGAGUUGAGCUAUCAAGCAGCGAAGGACUGCAGGUUGCCCAAGUGUAG